UUCUUUUUAUCGCCUUCGGGAGUCAACGCGCGGUGCAGAUAAGUGGGGGCGUGGCCACCAUGAUGAAAUGUUCCCACGAAGGCCCUGAUAGGCCAGGCCACGCCUCUUUUUUUUUUGCAUCAGCAACAUGUCAUCAUCUUCCACUUUACCAAUAUGACAUCAGCAUCGUCUUUUUGACCAAAUAAUUAUUUUCAUCAUGUUGAUGAAGAAAAAAAAGGGUCAUUUUUUUAACUUUUUUGGUUUGGUGGCGGCACCCAUAUAGACACGCAUGUGGGGUUGGGGGUUUCCCACUUGAAUGUUUAGAUCAUCAAAGAAAUAUACAAAUACAACCCAAGUGAACUGAAAAUGCAGUUUUUAAAUGGUGAUUUCGUUUAUUAUAGGGGGGAGGGGGGGGGACUCAAGGUUGACUGGGCCUGCGUGGAAAUACUAAUCCCCCCCCCCGUUAAAUCAAAAAUGAAUCAUGGCGGGUCGCAACUUUUGGUCAAUUCUCACUGAUCUCGCCCAAACCCGAUUCCCCACAGACCCAAUCCCUAAAACUGAAUCUGCACCGACGAAAUCAAGUCAGGCAACAGAUGUGAACAAGCCGCAACCAAUGACACGAUCCAAAGAAAUCCCAAAACUGGCAAGUAGUGGACAUCUGGCAGUCCGGAAAGACUCGCAAGAGCCAUUUGUAAAACUUUAGGACUCCAGCUAACCACGGGGAGAGCCGUUAUCCUCACGCGGAGGAAUCGGGAACAGCGGCGAACCUUCCCAGGACUAGCUGGACACCAAAGAUCCCCCCCCCGAGACAAAAGUAAAGACUCGUUCGGGAGGCCAGAAAAGAAGUCGGGAAAACUUUGCAAGAACUGCAGGUCUCCUUUGCCUCAGUUGAGGUCAGAGUUCAUGACACCACAAGAAUAACAAGACUGGCGCAAAAUGGCCUCCAUUGCAGAGUUUCAAAGCCGAAAGCAGUGCUGACCAAAAACAACAUUAAGGCUUUUCCCACUUUUCCAAAACGCAAGACUUCUGAGACAAUAUUAUAUGAGUGAAGGGGUGAAAGUUGAGCUUCUGGGAUGGCACAUCUGCUGUACAUGGACCAGAGCAUGGCAGUCAAACAUGGUGGCUGCUUCACUCCUACAGGGCCUGGACAACUUGCUGUGACUGAUGGAACCACCAAAGUCGCUCAGUCAAAGAAGAUCCCGGAGGUGAAUGUUCAGUCGGCAGGUCCGCUUCUCAAUGGCUUGGGGGGGGGGGGGGGGAGUGGGCUCGAGACUUCAAACCGAUUGAAAUGGAGUGGCACGACCAGACCACUCGUGCUGGGAAAUCCUCCAAACAAUUCUGCAAGGAAGUGUGACACCAAAAACAAAAUCUCCUCAAUGCUGCUGCUGAGCACGGCCCCAUGGCCCAACCACUUCCUGGGUUUAGGGGGCUAAUAGGCUUCCACACGACGCCAGGGAAUUUGGACUCACCCCCGACCCCCCACUUGAAAAACUGAAAUCAUGAUUUGCUGGCGACCAGUCGAGGGCGCGCCCCGCCUCUCGCACGGAGACAGCCGGGAUGGGAACUAAAGAAACUGCGCUGAUGGAGCCGUUUCUAGCCCCCGAAUCGGCGGACUUGGUGGUCAGGCCCGUCCGCUGCCUGCCACAUUCGGCCAAAGAUGCCAGCCAGAAAGAAACAAAAUGUUUUGCUUUGCCUUCUGGAUCAGAUACGCAAGAAGCAAAAACAAAAGUCAUUGCGCUCUGGGCAAAAAAGGGGACAUCGUCACGGUUCCAUUUGUGCCCUCGUUGACUGCAGGAAAAAUAUGAAAUCAAAAAAAAAAAAAAAAAAAAAAAAAAUCGGGCUCUUACGGAGCCGCCACUUGAUCGGCAGUCAUAAAUUUCAUCCUUCCCGUGAUCACGUUGUUAAAAGAUACAUUAAGAGAUAUUAAGGUGAAACGUACAUUUGUUCUGUACAUGUUACUUCUAAUUAAAAACUAAAACGUUGUUGCUAUCAUCAUUGAGGAUUCUUUGAAGUUAUAUUGAAGGUUUGGGCCAGUGACGUCGAAUAAAAAGUGGAGCGCGCACCGGCCCCUUUCGCGUGGUCAACUUCCGGUCAGGGCAUAACUAUCUUCCUCGAAAGUUGACGUCCUUUGACAUGCUUCCAAUUGUACAUUAUGAAACGUAAUAACGUCGAAUUUCAUCGCAACACGUUAGUCGAGCCUUUUUGUUGAGCUGUUGGCUGUCAAAAACGUGCAGGCGGUCGCAAAGAAGCAACUUUUCACCGCUAAGUGGCUUCUAUGUAGGUUUUUUUUUUCCUUCCCCUGACCGGAAGUCAGAGCCCGUUGACCGUGGGAGAGUCCAGUUUUCAUUCUCCGUCAGUGGUUCGGGCUCACUCAUUCAAAGUAUUUCUAAAUAAGCUCAGCAUGUUAGUGGCAACCUUUCCCAUUCAUGCAUGUGAUCAUAUUUUGCCGUUUUGCGCGGUGAGCUUAGACUGCACAUCCAUUUUAUGAAAUCCUCUCGAAAUCCAAACGCUAUUAAGAAAAGAAAUGUUUGUGAGCAGUUUGAAUCGGCGUCCCGUCCUGUACUGGUGGGAAUAGGAAGAAGCGCGGCCUCGUUUGUUUAUGUCGCUACGACAAUUUGUUUCUGAAAUUACGUUUCUGAAUUUCCCACGCCAUUUCCAGGCAGGACGGGUCGGUCCCGCGUCGAGAUGCCCGUCCCCGGAUUAAGCACGGCAAUGGAUCACAUUUGUACCGAUUCCAAACAAUUAGGCGAGGCUAAAGUAAACUUGAGGCUUCAAACGGUUUUGGACGGGAGAAGCGUGGGGAACGAAUUUCACUCGUCACGUCACGGCACGUCACGGUCACGUCCUCCUUUUCCCGUCUUGAAACGGAAAGGCGUGUCGUGCCAGGACAAACAGCCAAUCGCAGUGCAGCCACGCGUUUCCCGUAGCCAAUCAUAUCGGAGAAGGGGCGCGUCCCGCCUAGAAACCGCGUGGAAAAUCUUACCGACGCCUCGGAUCGGAGUCAUGGCGGAGUUGAACCGGCAGCUUCAGGAGUAUUUGUCACAGUCUAGAGGGUCCAAGUCCGUUUCCAGUACCGCGGUGGAGCUCGGGGACCCGGAGCCGGGCCCCGAGACUCGGAGCUGGUUGGGUCGGUGGUCCGUAGGAGGCGGCGGCGGCGGCGGCGGCCCUUCGUCGUCGUCGUCGUCGGCUGAGAGCUCCGGCGGCAGUUGGCCGUGGUCAGCCGAGCCCGACCCAUGUCUGCCGGGCGUGAGUCGCCGCCAGCGGCUGGCCAUCUCCGGGACGCUGGCGGCCCUGUCGGCGCUGUGCUUCUGCCUGUCGGCGCUCUACGCCCCGUUGCUGCUGCUCUACGCCCGCAAGUUCGCGCUGCUCUGGUCGCUGGGUUCCGCGUUCGCCAUCGCGUCCGCGGCGGUCCUGCGCGGCCCCGGCCGGAUGGCCGCCGGCCUGACCUCCUCGCCCGGGGUCGCCGUGUACCUGUGCGCCCUGGGAGGGACGCUCUACGCCGCGCUCGGCCUGCACAGCACCGCCCUGACGGCGCUCGGGGCCGCCGCGCAGGUGGCCGCCGUCGUCGGCUACGUCGCGUCGCUGCUGCCCGGGGGGAGCGCCGGGAUCCGCUUCGUGGGAGGCGUGGCGGCGUCCGCCAUCAAAAGGAGCGUCGCGGGGAAAGGGACGAUGCCCGUCUGAGGCGCCCCCUCGCGGUGCUGUGCCAAAGAAUCUCGGAUUUAAAAAAAAAAAAAAAAAAAACACACACACAAAAACAAAACUUUUUGCACGGAAAACCCACUCAACAACAUUUUGCAAUUUUUAAACGCUUGACUUGUAUUCAACUACGUACAAGAGUGUGAUUUGAAGUACAGUUUUCAGUCAAUUUAUAUGGACUACAUUUUUUUUUAUGUUGCCGUAUUAUUGACACGGCUUUAAUGUUCCGGCUGUGUACACACAAAUCGACUUUUUUAGGGCGCUUUCGAUGAACACACGGGCCGACUACACUGCUGUAUCUUCCGGACUACGUGGGGAGGAGCCGCCCCAACCGCACAAAUUGGAACAUUAUUGCCACCCAUUAGAAAAGCAAUUAAGCGGGCCCUAAAAAUCAAAUAAAAUACAAGUGGCCGUGUGACAUUUGUUAUGAACAAAAAGUGUGCGAUUGUGAUUAAGUCGGAAUGUUUAAAAAAAAAAACUUUUCUUUUCCGAAAAAGACCAGCGUGUGGGGUAAAAGUGUACAAAAUAAAAAUAACCCCCCCCCCCACACACACUCUUUAGUGGACUGGCCUGAAAUUUCCAAACUCCUUAUCCUCACAAGGGUCACGGGAGUGCCGGAGCCUGUGAAAAUCCCGCCGGGUUUCAGGGGCGAGCGGGCGACUGCGCCUUUUGACUUCUGAAUCACUACAAAGGGAUUUUCUGUGGCUAUUUGAGGACCGGACGAGGACAGUCGGCCAUUUCAAAAGUUUUUUUCAGGUGUUCCGGG